AUGGAGAUAGAGUGGGUGUUUCUGAUUGCGCAGGAGAAUCCAAAGGAGGACGUUGUUGAGGAGCACCUGCUCCGGAAGAAGCAGGAGGACGAGCGCAGAGUCAGGGAGCAGCAGCAGAUCGCAGCAAGGAUGGUGCCGGCGCCGGAGCCCACUGUCAGGGAGGCGCGCCAAGCAAGCGCCUUCAGCAAGCACGUAGCCGACCGUGCCUCCCAACCUCAGGCAGCCCGCGAAAGUGAGGCCAAGCCUGAGAAGGCUGCAAAGCCGAAAGCAAAGAAAGCCAAUCCCAGAGCCGACAAGCUCGAUGCGCAGAUGGCAGCCUUGGAGCAGCUGAUGGCGGCGGAGCAGCAAAUGGGCACACCCGGCACACCAGCAACUUCCUACGGCGCCUACGGUGGCUGUACGCCGAGCCUUGGCAAUCUUGGCAUGCUGCGGUCGUGGGCAGACUUUCAAUUCAAUGAGACCAGCAGCUUUGACGACUUAAGACCGCCCUUUGCCUUCCUGGGACACUGA